AUGCCUGAGGCCAGAAAGUGGAAGACGAUGGGCAGCGAGAGGUGGAACAGCCAUAGAAGCCUGGCUUCUGGGGGUUGUCAGAUGCCGACAUCGGCAGAUCACCUAACUGGCCUCUUUCCUCUACAGAGGGCGGAAGACCAGACUUCUCAGAAAAAGCCGUGGUUUCUAAGCAGUGGGGUUGGUUGCCAAGCCGCCUUGGUUGUCAGCGUCCUCUCCAAAAACUCCCGUAAAGCCGCGGUGGCGGCGGGGUUGUUUUUCUCCUGGUCAGACGGCGUCACAGCAGGAAGAGAAGCUGGCGCUCCACUCCAGCCCGGCCCUGCUCCCCAAGUCCUGUGGCUGCUCCUGGGGCCUCCAUCCCAGGGACCCGCUCCAUGGCCGCAGCUAAAAUGGGCAUCAGCAGUUGUGCGUCUGACCGGGUGUGUGCUGGUUUCCGGGAGGCCCUUUCCCGCCGCCAUCUGUACCACGGACUGCACGACACAUCUAUAUUCUGUCAACCUUGCCCUCCUCCAUGUUAGUUUUGGCCUCAGCCUGGCUUCCCUUCUGGGGCUGAUGGCUGCCAGCACCUCCAAGGCCAUGUCCUUCUUCACCCCUAGGAGGAGGCAGAGGACUUCUCUUGCUCCAAACAGAACAAAACCGGUUCCCUGCUCCAGCGGUCUGCAGAGGGAUACUUCAGAAACUGGUUACUUAGGACACUGGUACAACUCAGCAGCGAAAGGGCUGAUGUUGGGAUGCUAUGAAUUUAUGAAUUAACUAAACACUUGUCUAAAGAAUUAGUUGUUUUUCUUUUCAAAUAAAGCCCUCCAAAAGGUG